GUAAGAAUUAGGUUAACCAAUCAAAACGGGCCACGAUUGGUUUCCGGUUCCAUCAACGUGUUUGUUGAUUAUUUCAGCAUCACUACUUUCAACUUGCACAGAUAUUUACUACCAGCGGAAUAUAAGUAAAAAACCUCCAGAAUGAUUGUCCUUGUAUUGGCAGCCUUGUGUGCUGGUACAACAGCCUUCUACUCCAGUGGGGAUGGAGUUGUAGAUCUUACCCCAUCAAACUUUGACAGAGAAGUUGUCAACAGUGAUGCUUUGUGGAUUGUUGAGUUCUACGCCCCAUGGUGUGGACAUUGUCAAUCUUUAACGCCUGAAUGGAAAAAAGCAGCCAAAGCACUCCAGGGUGUGGUCAAGGUAGGAGCAGUGAAUGCAGAUGACCAUAGAGAACUUGGAGGAAGAUUUAGUGUUCAGGGCUUCCCUACCAUUAAAAUAUUUGGACUUAAUAAAAAUAAGCCUGAAGAUUAUCAAGGAGGCAGAACUGCUGAUGCUAUUGUAAACUCUGCUUUAAGCAAAGUACAAUCAAUGGUGAAAGACAGAAUGGCAGGUAGGGGUGGAAGUGGUGGUUCACGCAGCGGUGGUGGCAGCAGUGGAGGUGGAUCUCAGAAACCAGACCCAGGUGCAGUGAUUGAAUUGACAGAUAGUAACUUUGAAGAUUUGGUUAUUAACGGUGAUGACAUGUGGCUUGUUGAAUUCUUUGCUCCAUGGUGUGGCCACUGUAAAAAUCUGGUUCCACAUUGGACACAAGCUGCCACACAACUUAAAGGGAAGAUUAAAAUGGGAACCCUGGAUGCCACAGUCCACACAGUCAUGGCCAACAGAUAUGGGGUUAGAGGUUAUCCAACAAUUAAGAUGUUCCCAGCUGGUAAGAAAUCUGAGAGUGAUGCUCAGGAGUAUGAUGGUGGAAGAACAGCUUCAGAUAUUGUAGCCUGGGUCAAUGACAGAUAUACAGCUAACCUACCAGCACCAGAAAUAUAUGAGAUUACAACUCAAGAUGUAUUUGACAAGAAUUGUCAAGAGAGCCAGCUCUGUGUUGUUGCAGUCCUCCCUAACAUUUUAGACUGUCAGUCAGCCUGUAGAAACAAAUACAUAGCAACAUUGAAAGUUAUGGCAGAAAAAUACAAAAAGCAACAGUGGGGAUGGCUGUGGACUGAAGCUGCUGCUCAACCCAAUUUGGAACAGACUUUAGGUAUUGGUGGAUUUGGUUAUCCUGCAAUGGCAGCUGUUAAUUCAAGGAAAAAGUUAUAUGUUUUAUUGAAAGGACCAUUUACAGAGAUUGGUAUAAAUGAAUAUUUAAGGAGUUUAUCCUAUGGUAAAGGAUCAACAGAACCAUUAAAAGAUUUACCAAAAGUAGAUAAAACAGAGGCCUGGGACGGCAAAGAUGGACAGUUACCAGUAGAAGAUGAUAUAGACUUGUCUGAUGUAGAAUUAGACGAUUUGAAGGAUGAAUUAUAAUACAACGAAUUGUAGAGGAGUUCAUGUUUGUUUGCUCAUUAUUUAAUGGAGGAUUUGAUCAUCAGAUCAUGUAAAAGUUACUAUGUAUUACUGUAAAUUCAGAAAUUAUUGGAUGCAUUUAUUAUUUCGAUUUUGUCUUUUUAGACUUAAAUGCGAUUUCAAUUUUUGCGAUAUUCAGAAAAAUCCUGUUUUAUUCAUACAAAAAAAUUUCAAAAUGAAAGUUUUAAUUAUUGGGAAAUAUAAAGUAUUCACACAAUAAUUUCUGAAUUUACAGUACUUAACAAAUCAACUGGUAUAUGAAGGUAUUGGACACCUUAUGGUCAUGUUGGUAGAAGCCUUGAUUAUUUUUUUGGUUGCUUUUUGCAAAAAUAUAAGUGGAUAUGUUAUCCUAUUUUAUUAAAAGCUACUACUUUGCUAUAUUUUUUAUACUCCAUUUACUCUUGGAUUUGUUUCAUUGUUGUUUUUUUCAACCUCAAACAAGUUUAUUUAAGAUUUUUGUUAGAAUAAGGUCAGUGUUACCUAGCUUUGAAUGACAGUUGCCUGUUUAUUAGAUUUUGAUUUUUAUAAAUGACUAAUCAGGGAACAUAUAUUUGACAUUCAGUAACCCUCCAUUUUUUUCAUGAAAUCCGAUAUGCAAGGUCAUGAUUGUGUUUAAAAGGAACACAUGUUUUAUUUGUUCAUUAAUACUUGAUUUGUUUUUCUUAGGUUGUACUUGCAAUUAAUUUUUUUUCUCCAAAAGAAAAUGGGAUAUGAACAUUUUUCAAUCACAAAAACUAAGAAAGCAAAGCCAUUUGUUGUUGUUUAUUUAAAGCUGUUGUCUUCUAUGAAAAUGAAGCCCAAGUAGGUUUUGCAUAUAUUCUAAGCUGAUGUCUUCUGUGAAAAUAAAUAACAACUGUAAGACCAUAAAAUUAAUUCUAAGGUUAAAGUCUUCUGUUAUUUUAUUAAAGAAAAAAAAAGGUAGAGAUAUUGUUGAUUCAUCAAUUUUCAUCAAUGCCAAUUUUUUUGUUUAAUGAAGAAAAAUGGUAAUUUCAUGUUUCUAAAAAAAUUAAAGAUACCUGGAUCCUUUAUGUGUUGAAGUUUUGCAAUUGGACCCCCAGCAUUGAUCUUGUUGAAGACUUAAACUCGAGAAUUACUUUUAUUUGUUCUGAAUUAUAUGAUGAUCAUUUUGUAUAUGUAUGUGAAUGAUUAUAGCACUUGUUUAUAUGGUGGAUGUUUGUAUGAAUGAUUUAAAGACAUUAAAUGUUGACAAUGAAAUAUGUGAUGAUUGUAUGAAUAAAUAAAUUAUUUUUUAAAACAAA